UUUUAUCUUUUAUCUAUGGACAUCAUUUAAACUUCUUAUUUUUAAAAUGUCUUACAGCGUUAACUUUGCGAUAUUUUGGAUUUUAAUGCGCAUUUAUUCAUGUCAAGAUUGUACGCUGCCCGCGGAGACAUUUGGCACGUGGGAAAGCCCCUCUCUUGGGACAGUAACCAUAUCCGGUAGUACGCCAAGCUUGACGUUCACAAGGACAUUUACCGGGCAGACUGUCACAGUUAAUGAGAUGAAAUGCCAUGAGAUAAGCGGUUCCAAGUAUAUUUUAAUUUCUACAAUUGGUGUAGAUACGUUUUCUGGAAAUGACCAAGUCUUCUUAUGGAUGUGCGUUGAAUUCAUACAAGCCAGUUUAUACUCCUACUACUUCUACUUGCAUUCAGAGGUGGAGGCUGGUUUCGAUGGUUACCGACUGUACGGUGGCCCGAGCGACACAACGUUAACUGCAGACGUUUGUAGCUCUACUCCGGAUAUGUCAGAGUUUCACACAAUGAUCAAAACAGGUAACGAAAUGGACGCCGUCAAUGCGGUAGAAUGCCCAGAUCCGCUUCUAGGCACCUUCAUAUACAAUAUAACGGACUCCACUGGUACCUACUGCGGUGGAGUCGAUACGACAACGGUGAACGCAUGUGACGCAGCGACGGAACGUACACACGUGCACGUGGAUAACACAGGGUGUACCAGCAAAAUCCCAUUUCAUUCAACAGGCGGUCAGUUGGGAUGCAUCGUUAGCAUAGCAUCAACGGGCACUUCAUAUGCCUCCCUGUACAACCUAGAUGCCAGUCCCAGCGUACAGUUCAUUUGUGUGGUCAUCACAGAGGAGACAGAUUCGACCUACCUGAGCUACAUAGCUGGAGAUUGUGAAUCAGGUCAAACUGCCACAACGCUUUUGACGGGAGGAGCAACGAUGAUUCUAACGAAACAAGUUUCAUGUAAGCUGCGGCAGGCAAGCCAAACAUUAAAGUUUGUUAACGGUUGUGUUGUCACAUUUCCUCCUUGUUUGCAAUCCAUUAAUUAA